UUGAGGAGGAACGCCCGCCCACACAAACGAGUGCAAAAAUGAUGCUCAGUCCGGAUCAGGCCGAGGCGGACCUCUCCUGGACCCAGUCCGACCCGGAGACGCUCCUCAACGGCCUCAAGUCCGCCGGCUGCACCUCGGAUGAGCCGACGGAGGGCGAGGAGCAGCGGGCCAAGUGCAAAGCCGAGCAGCCGCUCAGCAGAGAGGAGAAGAGGAGGCGGCGGAGGGCCACGGCCAAGUACCGCUCCGCGCACGCCACCCGGGAGCGCAUCCGGGUGGAGGCGUUCAACGUGGCCUUCGCUGAGCUGCGAAAGCUGCUGCCCACGUUGCCCCCGGACAAGAAACUCUCCAAGAUCGAGAUCCUCAGACUGGCUAUAUGUUACAUCUCCUACCUGAACCACGUGUUGGAUGUCUGAGUGGGAGAGGAUGGGGGGACUGGUGUGGGAGUUUUUUACAGAAAGCGCAGUAUUUUUUAAGCCUUUUACAGCUGAUACUUUAGGCUAUGGAAGAGGAUUAGGGCCACUGGAAAAAAAGAAAAA